GUUUUGUUUUGUUUUGUUUUGCUUUGCUUCGUUUUGUUAUGUCUUGUUUCGUUCUGUUUUUUUUUCACUUUUUUUUUGCUUUUGUUUCUUCGUCUUUCUUUUUCAUUUUUCAACUUUUUUCCUUGUCUCUCUUCAAACGAACCUAAAAAUUCAUCCUCCCAUUUUUUUCCUCACUUUAAAUGUCCUUUUAAUUGUCACUCGAUUUAUCCAAUUUUUUUCGCAUAAUAGAAAAGAGAGCUAGUUAGUAAACGAUUUUUCGAACGUGAUCAAUCUUUUGAGAAAGAUCACGGAUUCUCAUUCACAGAACUCGAUUAUCGACCGGUAAACGAAAGGGGGUGGAAAGAACAAAUGAAUGGGGUUACUCUUAUUGGACUUUCUCUUCUGUCCUUGUUUUCGAGAUAACGUGAUGUAAUUUCCGUUGAUGAACAUCAUUACCGGUUCCGGGUCACUCAGAGGUAAAUCUCUGCUCGGUAUUGUCACUGGGCAAGGACCUUAGCAAAAUCACAAUGCCUGUUAUAUUCAACGAGCCACUUUCCUUCCUGCAACGAGUCGCAGAGUACAUGGAAUAUGCAAAAUUAUUGAAGCUGGCUUCCGCUGAACAGACACCUGUCGGCAGAUUACAAUAUGUUGCCGCUUUUGCCGUAAGCGCUUUGGCUUCGAAUUGGGAACGUCUUGGAAAACCAUUCAAUCCGUUGCUCGGUGAGACGUACGAAUUAACCCGUGAAGAUUUUAGAAUAGUAUGCGAACAAGUCUCUCAUCAUCCACCAGUAUCGGCGUUCCACGCUGAUAGCGAUGAUUUCGUUUUUCACGGUAGUAUACAUCCUAAAUUAAAGUUCUGGGGUAAAUCGAUAGAAGUACAUCCAAAGGGUAUCGUCACGGUCGAAUUACCCAAAUGGAAAGAAGCGUAUACUUGGCAGAACGUUAAUUGUAUACUUCAUAACGUAUUGGUUGGACAACUUUGGAUGGAACAAUUGGGAGCCCUUGAAAUUAAACAAUGUGGAGGAUCGAAUUUGAAAGCUGUGUUAACUUUCAAAAGUGGAAGCUGGAAUGGCAAGGAUCUACAUCGAGUCGAAGGCUUCAUAAUGGAUCAAGAAAAAAGAAAGUUGGUAUAUUUGUAUGGGAAAUGGACCGAAAGAUUACGUUCCUGUGAUCCGUCCUUGUACGAGGAUGCUCUAGAAAAAUUGAAAAGGGAUGCUAAGAGUCCGCAAGGUAGUCCAGGUCACAAAAAAGUACUUGCCAAACUUCACAGUCUUAAAGUUGGGGCUUUCAAACCGUCUCAUCAGGAUGCUAUCGACGAAUCAUCCACAAGUAUAGAUGGCGAGGACACACCAAUGAUCGACGAAAUACCAAACUCGACAACCCUUUGGGAAGUUUCACCGAGACCUCCGAACAGUUCUAACUACUUUCAAUUCACUACAUUCGCGAUGUCCCUGAACGAGAUAGAAGCAACCAUGAAGAAGGAUCUAUGUCCGACCGAUUCAAGAUUAAGACCGGAUAUUAGAAAAUUAGAAAAUGGCGAUCAAGAUGGUGCAGCUACUGAAAAGGCAAGACUUGAAGAGAAACAACGUGAUUCUAGAAAAAUGAGGAAACAAAAGAAAGGACAAGAAUGGACGCCCAAAUGGUUUAGAUGGACAGUUAAUCCAUACACGGGCCAAGACGAUUGGUUGUACAAAGGAGGCUAUUGGGAUCGUAAUUACACCGACAUCGAAGAUAUAUUUUAAUAAAUACUAGAAAAAUGAUUUCGACAAAAACAAAUUAAAAAAAAAGAAAAAGAAAAACUAGGCCGUGUAAAAGCCAGGAAAACGUGUUACGUUUGAUGCAUUUGCCAUCGUGGCCAAGAUUUUGUUGUUGUUUCUUUUCUCAGAAAAGAAAUUGAUCGACGUUAAUAUUAUCUGAUUGUGAGUAAAAAUUCGUGUUGUUGAAGGCCGAUCAGCCAAAUUAUGAAAAAAGAAAAAAAAAGAAAGAAAAAAAAUAAAAACAGAAAGAAAGAAAGAAAGAAAGAAAGAAAAAAAAGAAAACGGCUGGUACGUGUAUGUACGUGUGAUUAGAUAGUAAUUCUAGAAAGAAAAAAAAUAUUAGAAUACUUUAAGGAGGUGUAAGCAUCUCGUGAGAGAGCAAAUAUUUAAGACAAAUUUCUCCAUUAGUUUUCAUUAUCUUUUUCCCCUUUUUUUUGUUUGCUAUUCCGAUAUUGUAACAAUCUCAUGAUUGAAACAAACCUCUGUGAGAGAUGAACUCGAAAAAAAAGAAAAAAGAGAAAGGAAAGAAAAGAUUAACUAUAAAAAAUCAAUGAAAUUUUCCGAUCUAUACAAAUUGUGUCUGCUUACGCCGUGUAUAUAUAUAUGUAUAUAUAUAUAUAUAUAUAUAUAUAUAUAUAUAUAUAUAUAAUAGAUAGUCGAAUUUAACAUGGAGGAAAAACAUCUUUAACGUUUCCAAUGAUCAUAAUCAAAAUCUAAAACGAAAUUUUCGAGCUAAACCGCAAUUAUUCGAUCUUGUGUAUAAUUAGAAUGCGAGCUUACGCCUCGUAGAAUGAAACGAAAAAAAAGAAAAGAAAAAAAAGGAAAAAAAAAACAUAAAAGUUUAAAAACAUAAAAGAGAAAGAGAGAAAUCGUAUGCAGGUCAUACGUAUAUACAUAGAUAAUAAGUACGUAUGCGUGUGUAUUAUGAAAAAGAAAAAUGUCCGACAAAAACGAAUUAGCUGAAAGAUUAGAAAGCAAACGAUAUAAAAAGAGAAACAUGUGUGAUACAUCACACGCUUGUAUCCUUCUAUCUCUCUCUCUCUCUCUCUCUCUCUCUCUCUCUCUCUCUCUCUCUCUCUCUCUCUCUCUCUCUCUGUCUGUCUCUUUUUCUUCCUCUCUGUCCUUUUCUGUCUCUCUCUCUCACUCUCUCUCUCUGUCUAACUGCCCCAUUAAAUCAACAGCCUCCUUUAUUUAACUAGCUCUCUACUAAUUAAUUAGUCAUGGCGAUCGUUAACAGCAUGUCAACUCGUUAGCUUUCCAUUCAUUGAGAACGAAACCGUUUUAUCACUUUCUGACAUAGAGACCCAAAAAGAAAUAAUUAAAUGAUAAGAAUAUAGACAAGAUUUACGUGUAUGUGUGUGUAAAGUUUUCAACUAUCAAAAGAAAAAGCAAAGAAAUUUUCUUGAAUUUCUCUCUCUCUUUAUAAAUAUAUAUCCAUCUUCAAUUAAUCUUUUUUUUUCAAACGACAAAAUGCAAGUUAAAAAGAAAAAAAAAGGAAAGGAUGAAAAAACGAAAAAAUACAGACAUAAACGUAUUAUACUUGAUCACACGAAAGCAUAUGCGAGCACGCACGCAUCUCGAUGUACAUACAUACAUACAAUAUAUGUAUAUGUUAAAAAAUGGCGAAUAAGACUAUCUUCGAGAAGAACUUUUUUAUAAUAGCAAGAAAAAAAUAGUUCUUCCUUACGAUCGAUCUUCCGUAUGAGAGAUUAGAAAGAAAAAGAAGAAUAAAAGGAAUAAAACAAGACAAACAAACAAAUAAACAAACAAACAAACAAACAAACGAACGAACAAACAAAUAAAUAAAUAAACAAACAAAAGCUGUCCAAAGAACUAACUUGUUGUGAAGAAGUUUUUUCGAGCACGCUCAAGCAGGCACCUCUUCUGCGUUCAUUUUUACUAAUCGAAAAUUAUUAUGAGAAAAACAAAU